AUGUACACAUCCCACGAUCACCCGUUCACAGAAAACAUUAUUCGGGUGCCACUGCCAGAUAGGUACAAACCACCCCCCAUUCCGCUAUACGAUGGGAGGAGUGACCCGGAUGACCACCUGGAGGUCUACACAGGGCAUAUGGUCCUGCAUGGAUACCCCGAGGAGGGGCCUAACGAGUCCCUGAAAGAUUGGAUAGCCCGGUUCGGGGAACAGGUCACCGCCACAGAGGGAAUAUCCGACGAGGUAGCCCUGAUGGGGGCACUGUUGAGCAUGAAGAAGGAUAUCCCCUACAGCACAGACCUCGAUCGGAGACCGCCCCAUACCUACCAGGAAUUCCUGACAAGGGCACAGGGAUUCAUCAACACCGAAGAGGCUAAGAAGGCCUUGAAGAGUAAGGCGGCAGCCCCUGUCAAGGAAGAGGUAGGGCAGGCGAGCAAUCAGAAUAACGCUGAGUGCUAUGACCUGAGGGACGGGGUUGAGAGGUUGAUCCGAGAAGGGAGGCUCAGUGAGUACCAGGCCGACCGUCAGAACAACAACACCCGACGCAACAAUAACCGACGAGAGGAGCAGAGGCACGACAACCCGCCCGAGCCCGUCAGCGUCAUAAGAACGAUAUUUGGGGGGCCAUACCUCGGCGGCACCUCUCAUCGUGCACAGAAGGAUUAUGUGCGAGAAGCAAAGGAAAAGUUCAGCCGGAGGGUCAUGAACGUCUCCGGAUGUGAGGCCAAGACAACGCGAUACGAGGAGGCCGAGAUCACCUUCUCAGAGGCCAAUGCGAAUGGGGUGCAUUUCUCCCAAAGUGACGCUUUGGUCGUCGAGGCCAUGAUCGGUAACCACACGGUUUGCCGUAUCCUGGUCGACAAUGGUAGUUUGGUGGACAUUUUGUACUCCGAUUGCCUUGACAAGACGGGAAUCCCCCGCGCAAGGCUGCAAAACAGCGCACAGCCCUUGUAUGGCUUCACUGGGGACAGUGUCAUCCCUAAAGGGGUGAUAGAGCUGCCCAUGACCAUUGGAGACCAACCACACACCUCGACUGUCAUGUCGAAGUUCUUAGUAGUGAAGGGAGGUGACCAAUACAACGCGGUCAUAGGGCGCCCGACGAUGAGGGCACUGAAGGCGGCCAUAUCCAUUUACCACUGA